AUGCUGUCGAAACUGCAUCAAAGAGCUGGUCGAAGUGCCAUUGAAUUAAAAGAUUUAGAGAAUGGUGCUGUGUCAAACACAUUAAAUCUGUCGACAGACGAUAUCCCCGAUGAUAGAGGUUCGUACGAUGAAGUAUAUCCACCAUUAUCCUUUCAACAAAAGAAGAAUAUCGCCUUCUUGAUAUUAUUGUACCUUAUUCAAGGUGUCCCUAUGGGAUUGGUAAAAGGCAGCAUUCCUUAUUUCUUAAAACCGCAUUGCACUUAUUCAGAUAUUGCGACGUACUCAUUGGCAUCUUAUCCAUAUAGCUUAAAGGUGCUUUGGAGUCCCAUAGUAGACACAUACUACUUUUCCAAAUUUGGUCGACGCAAGACAUGGGUAGCACCUUGCACGUUUUUUCUAGCUUGCACCUUAUUAGUCUUUUCCUACAAUAUAGAUGUAUGGAUUGAAAGGGGCUCUUCUUACAUCAAAUCCUUCACGGUUUGGAGUUUCUUUUUGGUUUUCAUUUGUGCGACUCAAGAUAUUGCAGUAGAUGGUUGGUCAUUAAAUAUGCUUGAUGCUCAUCAAUUGAACUAUGCUUCAACAGCCCAAACAGUUGGUUUGAAUACAGGUUUUUUUCUUUCGUUUACGGUUUUGUUGGUUUUGACUUCCCCGGAGUUUGCAAAUACUGUUUUGCGUAUCAGCCCUUUAGAUGAAGGAUUAAUCACUUUGAGUGGAUAUAUACGCUUUUGGGCUUUGAUUACCCUCUUUUCAGUUGUUUUGGUUUUUGUUUGGGAGGAACAGAAACCUGAGCAUGUAGCGAGCAUGAAGGAUACCUUUCGUUCAAUUCGAGAUAUUAUUUCAUUGAGGAAUAUGAAACAGCUUUUGGCGGUUCACCUUCUCAGUAAAGUUGGAUUUGUCGCUAAUGAGACUUUGACGCUCUUAAAAGCAACAGAGUUUGGCUUAAGUAAAGCAAUGCUGUCUUUAAUUAUUCUAAUCAAUUUUCCCUUGGGAUUAAUAUUGGGUGUAUACAUUGGGCAUGUUAGCAACAGUCGGCCUCUCCACUUUUGGCUAUGGGGUUAUUGGGGCCGAACAGCUUCUAUUGUGCUUAACAUGGCACUUGUAUAUACGGUCACUCAUUUUUCAAAGAAGUUAUCGUUGUUUCUUUCCAUUCUUAUAUGCUACACGCUCAACGCUUCUUUUAUGACAAUCCAAUUUGUUUCGAUUGGGGUGUUCCACAGCCAAAUAUCUGAUCCUGCUAUCGGAGGUACAUAUAUGACGAUUCUCAAUACACUAAGCAAUUUAGGUGGGACAUGGCCUCAAUACAUUAUGCUAAAGUUAGCAGACUGGGUGACAUAUUCUUAUUGUUCAACCGAUCAUAGCCUGCAAUGCAUCACGGAUGAUGUGAAAAAUCAAUGUGUGGCUUCAGGAGGUCAAUGUAUAUAUAAAACAGAUGGCUACUACUUUACAUCCAUCCUCGGCAUAUUUCUUUCUAUCCUUCUUUGUAUAAUCACAAUCUUCCCGAUUGUGCGUAAGCUUAAUAAAGUACCGGCCUCAUCUUGGCAUAUUCAUGGCAAAUAUUCUUCAAAUCAAUAG